CCCGAUUUGAAUUAGAAUUUUUCAUACCAAUAUCCCACCAUAAAUGUUGAAUAAAUACAAAAGCAUCCAAUUAAAUAAAAAAUAAAAAUAAAAAAACAAACAAAAUGACGAAAACCUUCAAACAAAAUUCCAUCACCAACACAAAUGCUGGCCCCGUCUUCUCUAACCCUAUUGCUCUUCAUCCUCUUGAUCACUUCCAUCCAUGGCCAUCUCGCCCAAGCCCGCAUCUUCAUAUACGCCAGUUGCUCCCAAGAUAAAUACCAACCGAGUUCGCCCUAUGAAACGAACCUCAACUCCCUACUCUCGUCCAUCGUCAGCUCGUCUUCUCAAACACUUUACAACAUGUUCGCUGUCGGGAAUGACACGACGUCGGUUCCACCUGACAGUGCCGUUUACGGCUUGUACCAAUGCCGGGGGGACCUGAAACCGAGGGAUUGCUCCACAUGCAUAGCCGGUUUGAUCGACCAAAUAGAGUUGUUGUCCGUACACCACACCUGUCCGUACACCUACGGCGCGAGCCUGCAGCUCGACGGGUGCUUCGUGACGUACGUGAACACGGAUUUCUUGGGGAAGUUGGACGACAGUUUGAGGUUCAAGAAGUGUAGUGGGAAUGGCGGUAAUGAUGGUGAGUUCCUCAGGCGUAGAGAUGACGUUCUUGCUGACUUGCAAGGGGCGGUGGGUUUUCGGGUCGCCGCCGCUGGGGCUGUCGAGGGUUACGCGCAGUGUCUGGGGGAUUUGGAGGCGGCGGAUUGUUCGGCAUGCCUUGCUGAUGCUGUUAUGAAGGUGAAAAGUUUGUGCGGGUCGGCGGCGGCUGGGGACGUGUUCUUGGGGCAAUGUUAUGUGCGGUAUUGGGAGUCUGGCUACUAUGAUUCUUCUUCAGAUUCCUCCAACCACGACGACGUGGGGAAGACAGUGGCCAUAAUCCUGGGAGUCGUGGCAGGGGUCGCGGUGCUGAUUGUAACUCUAGCUUUUUGCAAAAAGGCCCUCGGUUGACGAAGAAAACCAUAUAUUUGGGCAGGUGCAGAGAUCCUCGGAUUGGACCUGAUGUUGUCUCGAGCCGGAGUUUUGUGGGUGGAAAAAUCUAUGUUUGGAUCUUUUCUGAUCCAAAUAUUGAUUGUGGAAAAGGUUAUUUGUGAACAAGAAAGCUUGUUUUUCCCUUGGACUUAUUUUCUUGAAAAUCGUUUGUUUUAUUCACAAUUCAAUGCAUAUGUUAAAGACUGAUUAAUUAGUUG